AUGAAAGAAAGAAUAAUACUGGAGCCAAAGUACUUGGGGAAGAAACUUGAAGAGAUCGUCCGCAAAAGGCUCGUUGCAGAAGUCGAGGGAAAGUGCACAGCCGAGUGCGGAUACAUCAUCAGCAUAAUAUCGAUAGACAAUCUGUACACCACAGAAAUAGACGAAACAACGGGCGCAGGGACCUUCCUAGCCGAGUACUCUGCGCUGACUCUGUACCCCUCCAAGAACGAAGUUGCCAAUGCGGUGGUCCACGAGAUAAACAAAAUGGGGAUGUUUUGCUUCAUCGGGCCAUUCUCUGUCUUUGUGAGCACGCACCAGAUCUCUGGGCAGUUCAUAGAGGCAGGCGCAUACUCCAGCAUAGUGCAGCACGAUGGAGGAGCAGCAAUAGUGAAGGAUAGCAUAGUUCGGCUCCGGCUGAUAGGAGUGAAGGUGGAGCCUGCAAAGAUAUUCGGUGUGGGUACAAUCAACGAUGACUAUCUCGGCAAUAUACAGUAG